AUUGAUGUUGAUUUCCACCUCUUAAGACCAUUUAAAAUCAAUAUAUAAGAUAACAGCACCAGACGAUAUAUCACAUAGUAACACACACACAGAGAGAGAUGGGCGAUGCAGUGCCCAUAAUCGGUCAGAAGCAGCCUCAUGUGGUGUUCGUACCAUAUCCAGCACAAAGCCACAUCAAGUGUAUGCUCAAACUAGCCAGGAUUCUGCACCACAAGGGCCUCCAUGUAACCUUCAUAAACACUCACUCGAAUCAGAAGCGCCUCGUAAAGUCCAAUGGGAUUUCUCGGGCUCGAUAAAGCUCCUGGUUUUCAAUUCAAAACGGUUCCUGAUGGUCUCUCUCCUGCUACAGACGAUGGUGUUGAGCAUACGCAAACCAUGGCUGAACUCUGGACCUACCUUGGAGCCAAUUUCCUUGGUUCCUUUCUUGACGUUGUGUCUGGGCUUGAGAUUCCAGUCACCUGUAUUAUUUGCGAUGGGUUCAUGACUUACACAAAUACUAUUCAUGCUGCUGAAAAGCUUAACAUCCCCAUCAUCCUUUUCUGGACCAUGGCUGCCAGUGGGUUCAUGGGGUUUUACCAGGUCAAAGUUCUAGCGGAGAAAGGAAUUCUCCCACUUAAAGAUGAAAUUUAUCUGACUAAUGGGUACCUUGACAUGGAAAUAGAUUGGAUUCCUGGAAUGGAAGGUAUCCGUUUGAAGGAACUACCUGAGAUUAAACUAUUCACUAAACAUGAUAAUCCUGCAUUUAAAUUCCUCCUGGAAACCGCUCAAUUAGCUCAUAAGGUUUCGCAUAUGAUCAUCCAUACAUUCGAGGAACUCGAGGCGAGUCUCAUCAAAGAGCUUAAAUCCAUCUUUCCUAAUGUCUACUCUGUCGGGCCUCUGGAAUUACUUCUGAAUCAAAUUACAGAAAACGAAGCCAACAAGUCGCUUUGCAAUGGCUAUAGUUUAUGGAAGGAAGAACCUGAAUGUGUACAGUGGCUCCAGUCAAAGGAACCGAAUUCUGUGGUAUAUGUCAACUUUGGAAGUAUAGCCGUAAUGUCACUACAAGAUUUACUAGAGUUUGGUUGGGGACUUGUAAACAGUAACCAUGAGUUUCUUUGGAUAAUACGGAGUGAUUUGGUUGAUGGGAAGCCCGUGGUUUUGCCUCAAGAACUCGAGGAUGCGAUGAAGGGUAAAGGCUUUGUAGCAAACUGGUGUUCACAGGAAGAGGUGUUGAACCACUCGUCUGUUGGUGGGUUCUUGACUCAUGGUGGGUGGGGUUCGAUCAUUGAGAGCUUGUCGGCUGGUGUACCAAUGAUAUGUUGGCCGGUUUCCGGUGAUCAGCAGACAAAUUGCAGACAAAUGUGCAAGGAAUGGGGAGUUGGCAUGGAGAUUAGCAGGAAUGUGAAGAGGGAUGAAGUGGAGAAGCUUGUGAAUGAGUUAAUGGAGGGAGUAGAGGGUAAACGAAUGAGGAAGAAAGCUUUGGAGUGGAAGAAAGUUGCGGAAAAGGCGACUGGUUCUAAUGGCUCGUCUUGCAUUGAUGCUGAGAAGCUUGCUAAUGAAAUUGUGAAGUUAUCAAGAAACUAA